AACAAUCCAGGCGGCCAUCUUUGUUGUCAUAAACGCGAAGUGCUGGAUCGCCGCAUCAAAAAACCGUCAAGAUGAGCAACAGAGGGACGAACAGCAUCCUAAGCGAAAUAGAAUGGGACGAAGGAUUAAGUAUGCCUGUCGCCAACGCCUCAAACAAGGUGUUGGAAGACCAGGUACAAUCAAGACAAAGAGUAAUAGUUACUCACAAAGAGGAUUUAGAAGAAGUAGAUGAUCGUGUCAAUGCUAUGACCGAGCAUCUGAAGAAUGUUCGACAAGAGCUGCAGCACACACAGAGUCUGGUGAAUGCCCGGAAGCACGAGACGGAGACCGAAAGUCACCUGUUGAAGAUUGCACAGCGGGAAGAUGGACGACUGCAACAAGAAAUCAAUAAGCUGGAGAAGGAACUUGAGGAGCUCAAGGAGAAGAAAAAUAUAUAUGAGAACAACAUCUUCCGUCAGACCCAGAAAUUAGAGGAGAUGAAGUCACAGAUGAACUGGGAUCAGCAGGCUCUGGAGGCGUGGCUGGAGGAGUCAGCCAGGAAGGAUGAGGAUGCAAUGACGCUCCAGAAGUACACGCGCCAGGAUGAAAGCAAGAUCAAGGAGCUGUCUCUUCGCAUGGAGAAGCUGACAGACGAAGCUGCUAAGAAACGCCAUCAGUUGGAUCAUGAGAUGACAGAAACCCUCACAGCCCAGAUUGAGCUGGACAAGACUGCUGAAGAUUUCCGGAAGGCCCACUCAGAACGUCAGGAGCUGAUCCAGCAGUGGGAGUACACCAUCGAGCAGAUGCAGCGGAGAGACAAGGAGAUGGACCUGCUGGCUGCUCAAUUGGCGCGUGUGAAGCUGGAAGUGCGGAAACGCGAGGAGUCCAUCAAGGAGAAGCAACAGUUCCUGGAGUACGAGAUCGAGAACAACCAGGACCAAGAAGUUAAGAUCUCCAGCGCCGAGCGGCAGUCCGCAAAACAACGCCUCGACCUACAGGAAGCUGAAACACAGCGAGUACAGUUUCAAGAUGAGCUCGAUGCUUUGAAGCGUACAGUGGAUCGCACCAACACAGAUCUGGAGGUGACCCGGUCUCAAGUCAAACAGCUCAGGAAGGAGGUGAUAGAAAAAGCAGACAGGUUAGAGGAUGCUAAACUCCUCCGUGAGACACUGGUGAAGAAGUUGAAGGUGGCGACAGAGUCGACGCUGACUGCUGAAGAGAGGGCAGCCAUGAUGGGAUCACUACUGAAUGAAGAGGAAACUCGGCAGGAGGAAAUUGAGCAGGAACUCAAACAGCUGAGAGACAUGCAGUUCCGGAAAGCUGAGGAGAUGUACGCAAGUAAACGAGACGAGAAGAACACAGAAGCUGAGAUACAGGGAAGUUAUGCAGCCAUGCGGAACCUUGGCAGCAAAGUGAACAAACUCGAUCAUGAUUCUCUGAAACAGCAAGAAAUCAUCUAUAACCAGGACUUCUCCAUCCAACAACUGGAGCGUCGGAUCAACCGGAUGAGUGGAGAGCGGAGCAAUGAGGAGAAGAUCCAACUGGAAGCACGGAUAGCGGAACUCACUGGAGAGCUGGACAACAAGAAUUCCACCCACGUGCUGCUGACAAGUCAGCUCAAGAGACUACAGGAUGACAUCCGGCGCGUGACGAGGGAGCUCGGGGAGAGUGGGGCAGAGAAGUCCGAUCUCACCAGCAAGAUUGAGGAGCUCAAUCUCUACAAUGACAGCUCGGAGAGGGAGCUGAGGAAGAUCAUCCACGCCAAACAGGAUCUGAUGGUCGACGAGAACCUAAUGAAGCUGGAGAUCAAGCGUCUGAGGGACAUACUCAACAGCAAGGCUGACUGUGUGUUGAGUAUGGAGAAGAGGAAGCUGCAGCUGGAGACAGCCAUGAAGGAGAGGCGCCAGGAGAUCAACAUCCACAAGGACAUGCUGACAGCUCAGUUCCGGGUGGCUGACGACGAGAGGCAGCAGAUCAGUGCCGAGCUGCAUGAGAGAAUCUCAAAGAUUGACAAACUCAGAAAGAGGUACGAGAUCCUGAUGGUGUCCAUGGCUCCACCAGAAGGGGAGGAGGAGCGAUCACAAGCCUAUUAUGUCAUCAAGGCUGCCCAGGACAAGGAGGAGCUGCAGCGCGAGGGGGAUGAGCUCGACGCCCAGAUCAGGAAGGCCGAGAAGGAGAUCCGAGCCCUGGAGAACACUCUCAAACUGAUGAACAGCCGCAAUGAAACAUACAGGAAGAGCUUCAACAAGAUUACAGAGACAAGUGAUGAGAUGGAGGAGAAGCAGCAGCUGGAGGAGCAGAUGCGGGCCGUGAUGGACAAGUACAAGUACAAGAGAAGGCAGAUCAGGGAGCUGCAGGAUGACCUGCAGACGAUGAGCAACACUCUGGACAAUCUCACAAGAGAUGAAGAUGCAUAUGUUGAUAUGAUUGAGGACAAGAAGAACAAAAUUCUCCAACUGACCAAAGACCUUGAAGUCCAGAGAACAAAACUGGAGAGAGUUGCAAAACAGAAUGCCAAAUAUGCAAGAGAAGUCCGUUCUGCCAAAAAAAGCAAGGGUGAAACACCAGAAGAGCGUGACUUUGAAGUCCGUGAGAUGCGUGAGUUCAACAAGUCCAUCAUGAAAGGUGUCUCAGAUGUCGUGCAGGUCAACACCGAACUCAAUGAAGCUGUGAAUAUGUACUUCUCUCAGGCUAACCUGCCACCCCCCACCCUGAGUGGCCACCGCCCAGGCAGUUCUCGCAGCAGCCUGUCCUCAGCCCGCAGUUCCUUGUCCAGCAUCAAGAGCAUCCAGUCGUCCCGGAGCCGUCCUUCCUCCAUACAGAUCGGGGCCGACUUUGAAGGGCCUGGAUCUCCCAGCAGCGCCCGCAGUGGUAGCUCCAUCGGCAGUGUGCGUAGUGACCGCAGCCGUACCAGCAUCACCGGACGCAAGUAACAGAGCACCUGCCUUCACACCAGCCACCUGUGAUACGUCUUUCAGAAGAUUUUUUAAUAUAGAACAUCUACUGUCGUAUAUUCCAUUGAAGAACCAUUCCAAUUUAUUUCAUUUUUAAAUCAUUUCUUAUCUAAUAGGAGGAUUACAGUGUUCUCAAAAUUAUUGUUUAGAAUCUGAAAUACAUUAACUCUUCUGAGGGAAAAAAUGAAGAUUACUACUCUCAAGACUAUAAAGCUUGUAUUUUAUGUCAAGUACAAAAGUUCAACACUGUCUUAUUUGGAAUCUUGAUUUUUUAAUCUUUCAUUUGUUUCCUUUGCCUGCAUGGUGUUUUUUUGUAUAAAGAUCACCUAAUUACAGCAUGAAUGGGCUUGUUUCACAAUUCUGCAUAGAAAUUUGCCAGACUUUAUGCAGGAAACUGUUCUUAUCAAGUGAUUGUAUUGUGUCAUGUGGAAACGAGAUGUUUCAAACACAAAAGUAUUUAAUGUACAUUCAUAUUUGUCUUACCAUUGUACAUAAUAUUUAGUUUGUAUUUAUACAAUUGUAUAGAAAAGCUUGUCAAGUAUGAAUUGUGAAUCACUGAUUAAAUUUGUAAAAGUGGAA